CGUUUAUUCCCAUCGCUUUUGUUGACGACAAACACAGAAACCGGAUACCCGUCUGGACUCUCCUCCUUUCUUUUCCUGCGUCUUGGACACGGAAGUAGAGACAGGGGAGAGUCUGGGAGGAGAAGGAUAACCCCACGGGAGGCGGGAACAGUCCUGCCGAACUCAGAGGAAAGAGAAGAAUAAGAACGAAGGCGAGGGAGAAUUCCUCGUUUCUUCCGACGCCUUGGAUAGGAAGGAGGAAGGAUUUUGGCAUCGAUCGAUCGGAGCAAUGGCGCUGAGGGACUUAGUGACCGGCGGAGCCGCGUGUGCCGUCCCUGGCUCAUCGUCCAGUUCCUCCAAUCCGUUUGGCGCCCUCGCAAACACUAUUCUUGGCUCCUCCUCUAAAACUCAGGAAAGACUAAACGAGCUUCCAGGAGCAACAGUUGCUGGCGUUGAUGCCACCAACUUCGGCACAGAAAGUCCCUUGUUAUCUCUUCCAGGCUCAGAAGAUAAAUAUGAGCUUCCGGAUACUCAGGGUUCCGAGUUUCUUCAAAGUUACCGUUCCGCAGAACAUGGUGGUCUUGGUGAAGCAUGGAAUGAAAUUCAUCGAUCUCCCGUGCAGCCAUUUCCUCAUAAUCAAGUCGGACAAAUUCAGCCUCAGUUUGCUGAGUUUGAGCAGAUUUACAACAAUGCUGGUCCUUUCCCACAACCAACUUGGGAAGGUCCUCCACAGAACAUUUUGUCUCGUUUUCUACACUCUUUUGUGGACAGUGGUCGGGCUGGUAUCCCUUUUCGCCCAGUGGCACUUCCAGUUUUAGGUUUGUCUGAAUCUGAUAAGCGAUGUAUAUUGGACCGGAGCAGCAUAAUGGCACGACACUUUUUUGCUGAUAAGAGUGAUGAGUAUAUUAAUGCCCAGGUAACAGCAUUAUUACAUUCCCUAGACAUUGAUAAUGAUCUGCGGAAUAAGGGGCAUCAACGUGGAAAGUACCCUGAGCUGGAAGAGUAUUGGACAGAAUCACAAGGUGCCUCAAACUUUGGAACUGCACAUGCUGCUGAUAAAUGGGUUACUGAAUUUAGCCAGUCCAGAUCACAUGGAGAACCUGAUUCCUGGGCAGAUGCUUUUGACAAACAACAUGGUGUUAACAGUUGGAUCUCUCAGUUUGAACAGGAACAACUGAUGGCAUCACAGAGUCAACUGACUGGUGCAAACAUGUCACAUUUAGCAGCAAUGGAACAGUCUCGCAUGCUCGCACAUACACUAGCUCAAAACGAAGAUCCAAGAUUUCAGAACUCUAAGUUCCUUCAGUUUGUAUCAAAGAUGAGCCGUGGGGAGUUAAUCGUUGAUGAUAAUCAACUGAGACCAGCAGCACCAUCUCUUUCCAAUGAAUGGGCAGAGGAGUACAAUCAGCAGAAUGAAAAGACAACCAGUUCGUGGGCAGAUCAGUUUCUUCAAAAUGGUGCAGAUACGUGGGUGAAUGAGUUUGCAAAAGAACAAAACCAGUUUGGUAGUACAAAUGAUCAGUGGGUGGAUGAGUUCUCCAAGCUGAAUAUCAAUGACUGGGCAGAAGAAUUCAAUCGUGGGGUUGCAGAGGGAGCCUUUGAUAGUACUGCAGAUAACUGGGCUGAUGCUUAUGAUAAGUUCGUUGAAGAGCAAAUUGCAGCUGGCCAGCAGAAGUCAGAUUCUUCAAGAAUGAUCUAUGUUUUCUCGGACCAGAAUCCAUAUGUUGGGCACCCUAAUCCGCUGAAAGAAGGACAGGAACUAUUCCGCAAAGGUCUUCUAAGUGAAGCUGUGCUUGCUUUGGAAGCUGAGGUUUUGAAGAAUCCUGAUAAUUCUGAAGGUUGGAGAUUGCUUGGAAUUACGCAUGCAGAAAAUGAUGAUGAUCAACAGGCUAUUGCAUCAAUGAUGCGUGCAAUGGAAGCCGAUCCAAAUAAUUUAGAAGUGCUUCUUGCUCUUGGUGUGAGUCACACUAACGAGCUUGAGCAAUCAGCGGCAUUGAAAUAUCUGUAUAGGUGGCUUCAGCAGCACCCAAAGUAUGGGAGUCUCGUCCCACCAGAUCAAACAGAUAAACUCUAUCAUAAUGAUGUAGCUCUGCUAUUCAAUGAGGCUGUUCGAAUGUCCCCCGAGGAUGCUGAUGUCCAUAUAGUUCUUGGGGUCCUCUAUAACUUAUCUAGAGAAUAUGACAAAGCUAUCUCAUCCUUCCAACAAGCACUAAAGCUAAAACCACGUGAUUAUUCUCUUUGGAACAAGCUUGGUGCAACUCAAGCAAACAGUGUUCAAAGUGCUGAUGCCAUAUUUGCUUAUCAACAGGCACUAGAUUUGAAGCCCAACUAUGUUCGUGCAUGGGCAAAUAUGGGUAUUAGUUAUGCUAAUCAGGGGCAGUAUGAAGAAUCUAUUCGAUAUUAUGUCAGGGCACUGGCAAUGAAUCCCAAGGCAGAAAAUGCAUGGCAAUAUUUACGGAUUUCUCUUAGUUGUGCUUCUCGAAAUGACAUGUUGGAAGCGUGCAAUUCAAAGAAUCUUGAUGCUCUUCAGAAGGAGUUUCCCUUGUAAAGUUAGAACCUGUUGAUGAUGCAUUUAUAUGUCGCCGAGCGCUUCUCUGCCUUCAUGGGCUUUUAGAUAAAAUUAGCCGCUGCUGAAGAUGAACCAUCAAAGAAGUAUUAAUUCCUUCAACAAGAGCCUGGCAAAUGGUUUUGUUGACUUCGAAUGAAAGGCGAGUAUCCUGCAAUAUCUAUCUUUGUAGCCAUGAAUGGACGUUUUAUCGUAAAGAAAGGAAGAGAAGAUCAGCAUCAGCUCCAUAUACAUGCACCGCUGAACCCGAGGGAGCGCUCGUCAGUUCGAUGAGUUACCGAUUCAAUGUACAGUCAAUAAUGAUCACAUAUUUGUGACGUUGAGUGAAAACCGCCUUUGCAGAAUUCCUUGCUGCUGCCUGAGGAUUCUGUAGGAGAAAUUUGUUUCUCGCAAAGCAAUAAUGUGUUCAUGUGACCAUAAAUUCUUAUCAAUAGAUUAAGUAAAUGCUAGAAAAAGUAGAUCUUGUAUACAUACUUAAUGUUCAGCAUUUGCAAUAUCUAUGCCCACCCGUAAUGUUUUGCUGAAGAAGGCACUGAGUGUAUAAGCAAAUUCUAAACUGAAAGAAGAAUUUGUAUAUGAUUUAAAAUAAUCAAACUAUAUUUGCUGGGGA